GCUCCACCAGUGAGGUUAGGGUGUGCUGGAGGUCCUUCUCCAAAUGCCAACAGAAAAAAAAACAGGAGAAAAAUUAGCAAUAAAUCCUCAAAUGUUCCGUCCUGGAACGUGAAGUAUUUGGGAAAGUUAUCUAACUGUUAUCAAGUUGAAUAUAAAUUGUGAUAAUUAUACAUCAACAGUGAGGUGAGAGAUGCAGACAUGAGCUCAGAGGAGGAGCCAGAGGAGCAGACACCGCCCACCUGCGAUCUGCUCAGCCUUCUGCUGAGGAACAGACGCCCCACUGGAGCUGUCAAUGAGGUUUGGCCCAACCUCUACAUCGGAGACGCGGCUACGGCUCAGGAUAAAACCCUGUUAGCCAGUCUGGAAAUAACACACGUGGUGAACGCCGCCGACGGCCGCCAGCACAUUGACACGGGGCCACGGUUCUACAGAGACACCAGCGUCCGGUACCACGGAGUACAAGCAGCAGACUGCAAAGACUUUGACUUGAGCCCAUUCUUCACGGAGACGGCUGAUUUCAUUCAUGAUGCUCUGAGUCAGGAAGGUAAGGUGCUGGUCCAUUGUGCUCGAGGAAUCAGCCGCUCAGCGACUCUGGUGCUGGCCUUCCUCAUGAUCAAAGAAAGACUUUCCCUGGUGGAGGCCGUGGAGGUUGUUUCCAGCCGCAGAAACAUUCUUCCAAACGUUGGAUUUCUGAACCAGCUCUGCCUCCUCGACUCGUCCUUGACCCGGCAGAGGAGGACGAAGCGCUGAGAGGUGGAGGAGAGACGUGGAUGUUGUUGAGUUUUUAUCACUUUUAUGUUUCCGUCAUCGUAGAUUCUCGGCCAUAAAGGUCAUUUUAACCCUGAGAGCUUCUUCAGAAAGUACGUUUUUCUUGAAGACAUCUUCAGACAUCCAGUUGCCUUCUGCUAACAGCUCUUGUGAUCAUCCUUCUCGUUAUCUAUUUAACUAACCAGCAUCCCUCAGUGUGGAUUUUUAGGAUGUAUUUUCUACCUUGCAGGCAGUCAUUGUUUUCCAUUAAUUGCUGAGCAUGAAAAUCAAUUAGCCCACUUUUGCUUGAGUUGUGUAAUUAACUGCUCCAAAAACUCCCAUUACAAUAUAAUGAUAUGCUGUUUAUGAGGAGAUUAAAUUAAAAAAAAAAAAAAAACUACACUGUAUUACAUCAUAAUGUAAUUUUGCCAAAAAUAGAGGAAGAAGCCUGGAUGUUGGCGGCGGUGGAUUACGCAGGUUUGGAGGACGCUGCACAGCUGCAGGCUCCAAACUUCAGUUACAUAAAUAAAGACAGAAAACCAGCUGAAGAUUUGA